AUGGCACUCAGUAACAACACUGCAUUCAGAUCCACUGAUAACUCAACCGGCCGUCGUCAUGGACUUCACGGAAUUCCGACGAGGUGUUUCUGUGGUGGUAAAACGUCCAUUGUGAUGUCGCACACUAUCACUAAACGGGGUCGGCGAUUUUACGUGUGCGAGCACAAUCGAGUUGGUGACUUGUAUAAAGAUCCGGAGGAUGGAAAUUUUCACGUGUGGAAAUGGUGGGAUGAAGCGAUAACUGAGGAAUUUAACGAGAUGAAGGAGGAUUUUGAAGCAUUGAAGGCAAAUGUUCGCUAUGUUGGCAAGCAACACAGCAAUAUUUUCAAGUUGAAUGCAUUGUUGGAAGACAAGGACUUUAUUGAGUGUUUCAAGGAGUUCUCCGACUCUAAGAAAAGAGAAGGUAAGGAGCCAAAAAUGGUCGUCGCUGUCAUCGUUGCAGUCAUUGCCUUUGGUUUGUUUGUGUGCUUGAUCAAGUAG